AUGGCCUUGUUAAUCAUUCCCAUCCACAUCCGAGUAGCAUCACAGGACAGGGCAGCCCUUGACGACCACCCCAGGCUCGGUAGGGCACGUGGCCAACGGACAGUGGUCGUCCGACAUCAAACCCCACCAGUCGGGCCCCCAGAUAUCCCUGGACUGCAGGGUCAAGAACAGAAGCACCCCCAUGAAAGCAAUCCCUGCAUUGAGCGCCGCAGACAGCACGUACGCAUAGCGCGCCCACCACUGCUUGUACACCCUAUACACGUAAAUGUUGAAGAAGAUGCCAGUGGCCCCCCACAUGAUGUAGUUGACUGCCCUCACCGGUGGCAUGCUGGCCGUGGCGCUCAUGAUGAGCGGCACGUUUAUGAGCUUGAUCCAUUUCUUGUGCGGGUACUUGCCCCCGAGGAGGUACACAGGGACUGGGCCCAGGAGGCCAACCAGGAACCACCAGUUCAAGGAGGAGUACACACCCUGGCUCGUGAACAUGCGGAGGGGACCAAUCACCCCCCAUAUGAUGGACGCGUUGUAGAAGACUUCGUCCCCAGGGCACGUCCACGGGCUGCCUUCGGGCAAAAGGGACGUGUUGCAGAUGUUCUCCACGGUCGAGAGGAGCCACCACGAUGUGCUGAAGUACACGCUCGAUGCAACUAUGGAAAUAUAUAUGUAAACGUGUGGAAUAAAUGCAUGUGCGCGUUUGCAGACCUGCACGAUGAACAUGGACUUGGGAGGGAUCUUCAUGUAGUGACCCAAUUUGAAAUCACUCACGAACCCAAGUGCUUGUACCAUGCUUAUGUAUCCGUACGUCUUGAAAGUAACAUUUGCAAGGGGCCUUCCCGGGUAAAUGUAACCUAUGACCAUCUCAGUUAUGAUGUUUAG